UGUGUGUUUUGGGAGGCUGUGGUAUGUUACCUGAAUUUUUUAAUAACAUAAUUUGUAUACAUAGAUGCACCAAGUCACAGAUUAGCUUCAUGUGAGUAUUAUAUAACAUCAACAAAUCUAGGCGGGUAAUUGUAAGAUUGAUUACAAACUACAAAUCAUUAAUAGAUUACCAGAUGAUUCAAAAAUGUUUCCUGAGAAAUUGUUGUAUGACUUAUCAAAAUAUAGUAAUCAUAAUGUGUUUUGUGGUAGACAGGUAAACUUCACAUCAAUUAGCUUCUACCUGAGUCAUCGGUCAGGUGUGGCCCCACUCUACUGUUAUGCAAGAAUGCCAGACCAGCCAAGUGUCCGGAUAUAAAGCCCAGGGUGCAGCCUUAUUUGCAGUGUGCAUCGUGAUGAUGUAUUUGCUCGCAACAUUGAUUCAAGUCCAACCUAUCGGAUGGCCUCGAUACCAUAAGAACUUGGAUCAACCGUCCUUUCUGGCGAAGUCAAUUCCUGAAAUGUUACAUGUUCUAUACUACAACCAGCCUGAAUGGGUGAUUGGGAAGGAGUUCGACGGUUGCCAAUACCCAUGUAAAAUGAUCUCUGGAUCAGUAAAUUUUUCCUCUGCAAGGUUCGUUAUUUUCCAUGGACCACGACUAAAUUCUAGAAAACCACCAAAGAAGUCACCUGGUCAGAUUUGGAUUAUGCAUGGUAUGGAGUCCCCGAAUCAUUAUCAUAGUGAUUUAUCACAAUGGACUCAUUUGUUUAAUUGGACAUUUACGUAUAGAAGAGAUUCCGAUGUUUUAUCACUUUAUUCAGGAUUCGAACAUACUUCACUGAAUACGACUACAUCUGCCGUGUGGAAAACGAAAGACAGGUUGUCAGCCUGGAUGGCUUCUAACUGUAGAACCCCAGGAAAACGAGAACAAUACAUACAGCUUCUCCGUAAAUCUACUGAUGUCCACGUGUACGGUGGCUGUGGAACAUAUAGAUGUGCACGAUCCAAAGAAAAUAGCUGUAUGGGAAUCCUUCGAAAGCAUUAUCGGUAUUAUUUGGCAUUUGAAAAUACUUUGUGUGUAGAUUAUAUAACAGAAAAGGGAUUUAAAACAUACAGUUUUUCUCCAUCAACAAUCCCGGUGAUGAGAGGUGGAUCAAAUUAUUCCCUCUUCUUUCCACCAGGUUCAUACAUUGAUACAAAAGACUUUGAAAGCGCCUUCACAUUAGGAAAAACUCUCAACAUGACCGCAAACGUAAUGAAAAAUACGAAAAUUGAGCGGUUUUUUUCAUGGACAAAAUCUUAUUCCAUAACCCCAAAUAUAAUGAGUCAUUUGACUUGGUGCACUUUAUGCGAACGUAUUCAUCAUUCUGAGAGCCACAAACGUUUAUAUUCAAAUAUAAAAAACUGGUUAAAUGACAAUUUAAGAUCGGGAUGUGAAUCUCCCAGCGACUUGAAGUAACUAUUUAUAUAUUUGUUUUAUUACAUAUCAAAAUUAUUCAAUUUCAAUAACUUAAUUAUAUUUCUGAUGUUGAUAUAAACCCGACAGUCAGUGACCAGCUUUUCUUUGAAACUUCACUUUUUGAAAUUAAAGGACUGUCUCCAUAAUAUGCAUCACAUGAAUAAAAUAAUAGAAAUAUAUUAGAAAGUAAACUGAAAGAAAAAAUAAUUAGAACAACAUUACACUGACAGAAUCAUAUGAUUUUGAUCAUAUAUUCUUGAACUUGAAAAUAAAAAAAAUCGAAAAUAUUAAGAAAGAAACAUUUAAUAGAAAUAUGAUUAACAAAUAAGAUCAAUAGCAAAUUGAGUGGAAGAGGAAAAAAAGAUCAUAAACUUCUUCUGCAGUAAAAUACCGAAAACCAUAUAGAGACUUGAAACAAAUAAUUAAACAAAUCACUCAAAAUAAUAAAAUAGUGAAAGAAAUUGAACUAGUUUAUAAAGAUCUUAAGAACCAUAAAAACAAUGAAGAUGCAAACCUAAUUUUCUAAAUGAUGAUGAAUUAAAUACAUGUAUAUGGUAAAACUCACUUGUGUCGAACACGCUAGAUUACAUCGGUUGAGUCGAA